AUGGUGAGAGCAACUCCAACUUGUAAUCUCAAAAACAACAACAUUAACAAAUUCCCUCUCGUACAACCACAAGAAAAUCAAAACCUACUUCAAAUUCCGAGUCAAGUAAAAGAGAACGAUAAAUUUGACCAACAAAACUCAAUUUCUGACGAUGGGAUUCAGCAUGUUGAAUCUUUGGAGGAAUCAUUUGGAAAUCUUCAAAUUGGUGAAGAUUACUUCAGCAAACUUCUCUAUGACGUGAAGCUGCAAAUAUUGAUUCGAGUUCCAACGGAGUCUCUUCUCGACUGUAAAUUGGUGUGCAAAUCGUGGAAUUCGAUUAUUCAUUCUGGAUCAUUCUCUAGAUUUCAUUUACAUAAUCUGAUCAAGUCUGAUUCUGGUAAGUUUGGUUUUCUUGCCUACUCUGGUUACGCUUUCAAUUAUGGAGAAUAUGAUGAUAAUGAAUCUACUUCUACUCAGAGAAAACUUGACUUGAGACCUCCUUUCAAUAAUGGAAUAGUUGUUGGUUCUUGCAAUGGUCUCAUCUGCUUAUGUAAAAAUCCUUCUCUUUAUAUCUGUAAUCCUGUCAUUAGAGAGAGGAAUCUCCUUCCUGAAAUUAGGAAACCAUAUAUUGAUGCAGAUCAACACUUGGAUUGGAUUUCUGGUUUUGGUUAUGUUUCUUCUACAGAUGAAUACAAGGUUUUGGGGAUACAUGUUCUGCAGAAUGAAUUUCUUGUCAUUCACAUAUACACUCUGGGUAGAGACACUGGUUGGAGAAACAUUGGAAAGUUCAGUGCUGAUUUGAGACCCUACACUUGGAAAGAAUCAGCUGUAUUUGCCAAUGGAGCCCUUUACUGGAUAGGUGGAUGUGUAGAGAAAGUUUUCAGUUUCGAUUUGGACAAAGAAUGCUUUCACACACAUCUCUCACCACCUGAGUUGCCAGAGAAUAAUGACUGGAGUUUCAACAGACUGCUAGUACUGGAAGGGUGUUUGUAUUUUGCUGCCUGGUUCUUCGACGAAUGUGAAGGAAAUGAGUUUUACGAUAUAUGGCGCCUAGAAAAGAAGGCCAGAAAAUGUCAACAAGAUUGGUCAUGGAAGUAUAUCUUUACUGUACAACAAAAUACAUUACUAGCCAUAACAAAGGGUGGCAAAGUUUUAACACAAAUUGAUGGGGAUAUAUACCUUUACAACCCGAUUUCGUCCACAUCGAAAAGGGUUGUAAAGUUUGAAGAGUUGAAUAGUGACAUAUGCCCACACAAGAAUACCUUAAUAUCCUUCAAAGAUUUAGGGGAAGAAGAUCCAGAGACUAUACAGUCCAAGAUGGUAAGCGAUGAGCAGCCAGAAGAUGUUGGUGCACUUGGUAACGUGAACAACAGUUAA